AUGGAUGCUGGCGGUUUGGAAAAACCUGCAGGCCCCACGGCGAGAGGUGUUGCCUCAGCGAUGCCCGUGGAACACCACGAGCAGAGGCGACUUUCAGAAGAGGCCUUGGAGGAAUCAGCUUCUAAGUGGGACCUUGUUCAGCAACAUGGCCUUUCUCUGGUUUCUCUCCUGCUUCGCCCUUGUGGGGGGUGCCUUUGGUCACUGCGGGGUCCCUGCCAUCGAGCCUGUGCUGAAUGGCCUGUCCAGGAUUAUCAGUGGGGAAGACGCUGUCCUGGGCUCUGGCCCUGGCAGGUGUCCCUGCAGGACAACACCGGCUUCCAGUUCUGCGGGGGCUCCCUCAUCAGCGAGGACUGGGUGGUCACUGCCGCCCACUAUGGGAUCAGCACGUCUCACCUGGUCAUGGCUGGGGAGUUUAACCAACGCUCAGAUGAGGAGAACAUCCAGGUCCUGAAGAUUGCCAGGGUUUGCAAGAACCCCAAGUUCAACAUGGUGACCGUCCGCAGUGACAUCGCCCUGCUGAAGUUGGCCACGCCCGCCUGCUUCUCCCACACCAUGUCCCCCAUGUGCCUGCCCGAGACGACAGACGAAUUCCCCCCUGGUUUGGUGUGUGCCACCACCGGCUGGGGGAGGACCAAGUACAAUGCCCACAAGACCCCCGACAAGCUGCAGCAGGCGGCCCUGCCCCUCCUGUCCAAUGCCGAGUGCAAGCAGUUCUGGGGCAGCAGGAUCACCGAUGUGAUGGUCUGUGCGGGCGCCAACGGCAUCUCCUCCUGCAUGGGCGACUCUGGUGGCCCCCUGGUCUGCCAGAAGGAUGGAGCCUGGACCCUGGUGGGCAUCGUGUCCUGGAGCAGCAGCAUCUGCUUCCCCUCUAUUCCUGCCGUGUACGCCCGCAUCACCGAGCUCAUUUCUUGGGUUCAGGAAAUACUUGCUGCCAACUGAGCCCAUAGCCCCCAC